CAUCGGGAGUACUGGCUGGUGAAUUACGGCGCGAUUCAUUGUGAUUCAUUGUUACGUGCUGCGAGAUCGAGUCCACGUAGGCAUCAUUGAACGUCGUGUUUCAUCGGCCUGACAUCCGUCAGAUUGUCAGAUGGUCAAGCCGUGGACACCCGUCCAACACGGAAACUAUUGCAUGAAUUGAGAUAAUAUAGAGCCAGUGCCAGAAAACAACAAAGAAAAAGUAAAAGCUAAUGUAGACACUGCUGUUGCUGAUAAAAAUAAAAUAACAAAGGAAUCUAUAAUGGAGCCUGUGUCGGAAAAUAAUAAGGAGAAAGUAAAAACUAAUAUACAAGUUGCUGAUAAAAAUAUAACAACUAAGGAGCAAGAUGCAGGGAUGAAGGAAAACGAGGUUUCCACCAGCAAGCCAAAGAAGACUGUCGCAAAGGUAAAGACGAAGAAAACUCGAAACGGUCAAACGAGUAGCGAUCCUACAAAAUUGGAGGACAAUCUAUCCCAAGUGGUGGAACGCUUCAAGAAAGGCUGCGAGUGUGUCGACGAUGAGUGCUUCAAAGGUCUGAACCCCGAGAUAGUUUAUCGGCACAGGCUAAACAUCGCGGAACUAACUAAAGCCGAGCAUGACAUGUAUUUGAUGGGCGUGACAAUGGCCUGUUUGACGGAUCCCUAUCAAACUGCUCGGCACACGGAACGACGUAGAUUACGUGCGCAGUACGUUUAUCAGGGUCGAAGAGUAUGUCUGGACGCUUUCCUGUACUUGGAAAAUUGUACACAUUAUCAGCUCAAACGAAUCCGGAAGCACCUGAUGACGCACGGCGUAACGCCGCGCGUUCACGGUAAUCACGGCAAGAUACCGCACAACACGUUCUCGCUGGAAACAUACAAGAUCGCAAUGGAAUUCUUGAAGAAUUUUAUCGAGAUGCAGGAGGCGAAGCAGAGGAGCAGGCUCGCCAAGAAUGCGCCGUUGCAUCUACCAUCGGAUUUGACGCGGAAAACAGUGCAUGAUCUAUACAUGCAGUUCUGCAAGAAGGUGUCGCCUAACGUCAAGAAAUUGGGCUACUCGACGUUCCGGCGUUUCUUGAAGGUGCAAUUCCCGCAAGUGAAAUUUGCCAAACUCGACUUCGUCAGAAGUCAGACCGCACAGACUCACUGUACGACCGAGCCCGACGCGAGAGACGACACGGGCCAACUGAGAUCAUCCAAGUCGGAAAUCGCCCUCGAGGCGAAAGGCACUACGGUACUACCGUUGAUGAUAACCAGUGAUCUAGGACAGACUGAUACCUACGUACUGACGCCUAUCAGAAACUUGCAUGACAACCGCACUACGACUUAUCAAGUUACUACACGCGGGCUAGUACUUAACUGUUAUCACACGAUUGAAGACGAAAGCGUAUAAGUAACGUGGAAGACUGAAAAUAAAAUAAUGAAAAUAAUUUUAUACAAAUAGUAUACGUGUGUACAGUAUAUGAAUGUGAUAUAUAAGGCUAUAUAAGGAUAUAUUUCCUUGACAAUU